AUGGGGAUCGUGCUGGCAUCGUCUCUCCUUGUCAUCCGUUUAUUGGUAAUCUGCCGCAUUAAGAUGAGCCUUUCUUGGAAGGAGCAGCGGUCUCUGCCGCGUUCCGAAUUGUCUCCUGACUCUGUUUCAGUCUCCUGCUCGGUUGUCUCCUGCUCGGUUGUCUCCUUCGCGGCUGCUCAGCACGAGUUCACCUACGAGAAUAAUGGCGCGGCGAAGUGGCCGUCGGAGUUCCCGACCUGCGGAGGCAGCCGGCAAUCCCCAAUCGAUUUGAACAGUUUCAGCAGUGCCAAGCUGGGACAUAUUCGAUUCCGGGGCUACGGACAACUGCCCACGAGCGUCAACGUCACCAACAAUGGACAUACGGUCAAGGUAACAUUGAAGACAGCUGAGACCCUGCAGCUGGCCGGAGGAGGCUUACCGGGAGUGUACGUGUUUGACCACCUCCACUUCCACUGGGGCUCCUCCCCCGAAUGGGGAUCCGAGCACACCCUUAGAGGCGCCAAGUUCCCGAUGGAGAUGCACAUUGUCCACUACAAUUCCAAGUUUGCUAAUUUGACGGAUGCGGUUGCUUCAGGAGAAUCAACGGCUGUUGCCGUCCUUGGAUUCUUCUUCGAGUUGAAGUGGAAAUCAAACCGCGCUUGGGAUAAUCUGGUGAAAGCGCUGGCCCAGGUGAAGGCGCAGGACGCGGUAAGCCCAGUGAACCCACCCACCCCGCUGACCCUCUGGAUGCCCCGCGACCUGAGGAGGUUCUACCGGUACAGCGGCUCCCUCACGACGCCGAUGUGCGAUCAGGUGGUCGUCUGGACCAUCUUCGAGACCCCCAUCCCGAUCGGCCAGAAACAGUUGAAGCAGUGGAACUACCUGAUCACGAAGACGGGCAGCAAGCUGACGAACAAUUUCCGACCCGUCCAACCGAGGAACGAUCGGAAGGCCCUAUUCAACAUGAUCCAUCGCCCUAGGAGAGUCCAAACAGGUCUAGAGGGUUUGGCUAGACCCGGUCCGCUUCUAACAGAGAACUUGGCGCUGUCGUUCUCGGGAAGACGUGGAAGCGAGAGGGAGGACCAAGGGGAGGACGGGGCGAGAGGGAGGACCAAAGGGAGGACGGCGGAUGGCAUCCACCCACGUUUUCGGUUCUUCGUGGCCUUGCAACGGCAUCGCGAGAUUUCAAAGAGGUCGGCAAGGGGAAGGGAAAGUUACAAAAAUUGUCGGCUGCGAGCGUUUUCGCCACACCCUGUGCAUCACGAGGUCCGUAUCGGGACAGAUAAGGAAGCGAAAGAAGAAAGACCCGCUGCACUGCGCGACGGACCGCCGAAGAACGAGGGAGUCGCAGGCUCGGACUUUAAAGGCCGUCUGACGGCUGUGUGGACCUGGGUCGCCUGGGUCGGGUCUAAUUCGGUGCCGGUUCGGGGAGUCGUCGCCGCCAUGCUCGCAUCGCCUCUCGUCGUGCUUUCCGUCGCCGCCAUGUCCCUGGCCCUCGCCGAACCGGACUUCACCUACGAAGACAACGGUGCGGAGCGCUGGCCGUCGGAGUUCCCGACCUGCGGAGGGGACCGGCAGUCCCCGGUGGACGUGGACGGGGUCGCGUACGCCGAGCUGGGGGAUUUCUCGUUCCGGGGAUACGACGUCGCGCCGGAGAGCGUCGACGUCGUCAACAACGGGAACAUGGCCAAGGUCUCGAUCACCGCGAAAGAGAUCCCAAACAUGUCCGGAGGCGGUUUACCUGGAGAAUACGCGUUCGACCGACUCCACUUCCACUGGGGCUCCACCGAGGACCGGGGAUCCGAGCACACCCUCCAUGGGACCAGGUUUCCCAUGGAGAUGCACAUGGUACACUACAAUACGAAAUUCGAGAACUCGACGGAGGCGAUUGCCUCUGGGGAACCCACGGCUGUCGCCGUCCUCGGAUUCUUCUUCCAGGUGUCGGGGGAGUCGAACUCCGCUUGGAAUGACCUGGUGGAAGUGUUGCGCCGCGUGAAGCAGCCGAACACGGCGAGUCGGAUGCGCCGACCCACCCCGCUGACCCUGUGGAUGCCGGAGGACCUGAGCGGCUUCUACCGGUACGAUGGCUCGCUCACGACGCCGACGUGCGACCAGGUGGUCGUCUGGACGCUCUUCACGACCCCCAUCUCCAUCGGCCGGAAGCAGGUCUCUCGUUUGCUUCAUUGGUAUCGAAGGUUUCAGAUAUGCAACGGCUCACUCGUCGGGCCCACUCCAAAUCCCUCUCGCGAAUGGAAACUUCCUGGCGAACCGACUCGAGCCAGAAUGACUCGAGCAGAAGUCGCCAUCCGGGAGAACAUCGAAGGGGAAGGCGAUCUCGCCAAGGUCUCGUCGGCCAGAGUGUUCCCUUGCCAGAAUGUUCCCUAG